UGAAGUCAGUUAGUUGUUAUUUUUUGUUGUGCUUUUUGAACAACAUAUAAUAAAUUUCUAGAUUAGAAUUGAGUUAAUAAAUGUCUAAAUAAGAAUUGGUUGUAUUUUUGCCAUGUAUUUUAUAUCUCUUUAUAUUUUUGCCAUAUAUUUUAUAUCUAUAUUUUUGCCAUGUAUUUUAUAUUCUUGCGCAUGGUUGAAGUGAUCGGACGUGUUUUUGCAGCGUGGAAUUAUUUGUUAUUUUGAUUCUUUUUAUUUUUAUUUUUUUUAUUUUAUUUUUUUUUAACAAACUACUACUAAUAAUAAAUUUUUGAUAUGGAUACUAAAAGUAUUGAAGUACUUGUUGCUGGUUUACUUGAGAAACAUAAAAAUUCCAACUUAGAUGAAACAAAAAAACUUUUAAAAAAACAAGAAAAGAGUUUUGCAUCCUUAACAGCUGCAAACUUUAAAAUGUUCACAGAAAGGCUGAAUGAAUAUGAAAAAGAUAAUAUAAAUAAUCUUCAAAAGAUUAGCAAAAUUGAAAAUGAUUUAGAAAUAACAACUAAAAAAGUAAUCUCUCUUGAGGCUGACUUUACGGAAUUAAAGAAAUACAUAACGACCAGUGAUCAAAUUGCUACUGAGAAAUUCGAGGUAGUAAAAAAGAAAACUAAAGAAAUAAAUAGUAAAUUAAGGGAUAAAAGUGAGUUAUUAAAGGUAAAAAGCAAACUAAGAGAAAUUGAAGAUAGAUCGAGAAGGAAUAACCUGAGAAUCGACGGUUUAAAAGAAAAUGAUAAUGAAAGUUGGAGCAAUAGUGAAGAAAAAGUGUUGAAGCUAUUUGAAGAAUCACUUGGACUGAAAGAAAUUAAAAUUGAAAGGGCUCACAGAACUGGAAUCAGAGACGGCAAAAAAGUAAGAUCUAUAGUACUAAAAUUACUAAAUUAUAAAGAUAAAGAAAGAAUCCUAAAAAAUUCUUCAAAAUUAAAAGGCAAAAACAUAUAUAUAAAUGAGGAUUAUUGUGCGGAGACGGUACAAAUAAGAAAAGAAUUACGGAUGGAAAUGAAAAAAGCUCGAGAAGGUGGGAAAUUCGCGUUUAUAUCAUACGACAAGUUGAUUGUACGAGAAUGGUCUCCAAAAGAAAACUUCAUUUAGUUACAUUUACUAAAGAAAAUUGGUGCAACAGAGCUGGUAAAAAUCACUGCAUGUGUUAUGUCGCAACUUUACUAACUUUUUAAUGUCAAAAAUAAAAAUGAAUGGUACAGGAAAUUUUGGAAACAUCCAUUCAGAAAAUCUAUAUGUAAAGUUGUUCUGCGUAAUUUCAAUUUUGAUUUAUAAAUAUACAUUAAAAAUGCUAAUUAUUUUACACUCGUUUUUCGCGGUUACAAACCAGGUCUCAAAAUCAGACGAUCAAGAUACGAAUGUAGAAGAUGAUGUUGCACAAACAGGUGAAUGAUGAAAAAGCGGUAGGCCGUCUAGGAAGAUCUUCGAUAAUGCACAAACCAGAAAAAACAGUGAUCCAAAAUAAUUAUUUUUGAGUUUAUUUAUUUUUUUAGUAAUUUUUGACUUAAUCUUAAUGUAAACUUUUAUUUUCUGCUUAUGAGAUUAAAUUAAAAA